AUGAGGAGGCUGCUGGUACUGCACCCCCAAGUGGGAAGUAGCCUACUCCAACCGAAGGGACCUUUUCCCCAAGUGCGAAGAUGGAAAAAGUACAUUCCCUUUUACGAUGUGAAGAAGAGGCACAGACCAAGGACGGGGAGUGAAGAGGUGAAUGAGGUGGAAAGUACAAACACAAGUGGAGUUGCUGAAGGCGAUACACAGUCCAGUUGGGCUGAACAAAUAAACGGAGAGAUAAGUCAAGACCUGCGAUGCGAAAACCUCGUCCCCCCAGUGUCCCCCAUGAAGGGAUUAAAGCUUCUCCUAAGCUGUAGACAUGCACAGAGCGGCUACCACCAUCAUAGUGAUGACGCCUCCCAUAAGGAGGAAAAAAUAAACUUCAAUUUAAUCAUAAAAAUUGAUAUCAAGAGAGAGUCCCUCAGAGGGAUGUGUAACCUCACCCACAGUGUGGACAGAAAUAAAAAAAUUCUGGUUCUAGUCGAUGAAGACCAUCAGGCGUUAAGGAAGGCUGGGGCAGAUUAUGUAGGGCUAGAAUACAUUAACAGAAUAAAAAACGGAUGGCUAGAUUUUCACAUCUGUCUGUCCGAUUUUAAGAAUAUCAAUAAAAUCCUUCCGGUUGCAAAAAUAUUGGGACCGAAAAAGUUAAUGCCAAACGUUAAGUCUAACACGUUGGUACACAACUUGGUGGAUGCAAUCCUUUCCAUUAAAAGUGGGAACAGAAUUGAGUACCGAAGUGAACAGGUAGAUGCAGAGACGUUUGACUUGUUCAAUCACAUCUACCAGUUUAGAAAUGUCCACUUAGGUUCUAUAGCCAACCUGAGUGUUAAUAUUGCAUCUACGGAGAUGAACCCAUACGACACGCUCGAAAAUAUCAAGUGCUUCGUCACAGAAAUUUUAAAGUGCAAUGUGCACUCGAGUCACAUGGAGAAGGAUGCCAAGGUCACCUUCACCUGGCCACCCAUCACUUCUAAACGGAAGAGGAAAAAGAUGCUGCACCUGCAGGGAGGCAAUCCCCUUCUAACCGGUGGGGAGCAGCACUCCGAAUCCUUCAUCCUCGGGGCCUACGUCACCGUACCUGGCGUGCCAAAAAUAUUCCUGCACCCGCAAUUGUUGCUACCCCAUUCGGACGGAUACUCUGUGUAG